AUGCUUCAUGGCAACAAAACACAGUUCCACCCCUCCUCCUUUCUUCUGAUGGGAAUUCCAGGGCUGGAAAGUGCACACAUCUGGAUUGGCUUCCCCUUCUUUGCAGUGUAUCUUAUAGCUCUCCUGGGGAACAUCACCAUCCUAUUUGUGAUCCAGACAGAACGCAGCCUCCACCAGCCCAUGUUUUACUUCUUGGCCAUGUUGGCGGGCACUGAUCUUGGCCUGUCCACAGCCACCAUCCCCAAGAUGCUGAGCAUCUUCUGGUUCAACCUCAGGGAGAUUAUGUUUGGUGCCUGCAUCACACAGAUGUACACCAUCCAUAUAUGCACUGGCCUGGAAUCUGUGGUGCUGACAGUCAUGGCCAUAGACCGCUAUGUUGCCAUCUGCAACCCCCUAAGAUAUAGCAUGAUCCUCACCAACAAGGUGAUAGCCAUUCUGGGCAUCAUCAUCAUCUUCAGGACUUUGGUGUUUGUGACUCCAUUCAUAUUCCUCAUCCUAAGGUUGCCUUUCUGUGGUGUUCGGAUUAUCCCCCAUACCUAUUGUGAACACAUGGGCUUGGCAAAGUUAGCUUGUGCCAGUAUUAGGGUCAAUGUUAUCUAUGGUUUGAUUGCUUUCUCAGUGGGAUACAUUGACCUUUCUGUGAUUGGAUUUUCCUAUGUCCAGAUCCUCCGGGCUGUCUUUCAUCUCCCAUCCUGGGAUGCCCGAUUUAAGGCCCUCAGCACCUGUGGCUCCCAUGUCUGUGUCAUGUUGGCCUUCUACCUGCCAGCUCUCUUCUCCUUCAUGACGCAUCGCUUUGGACACAACAUCCCUCAUUACAUCCACAUCCUUCUGGCCAAUUUGUAUGUGGUUGUUCCCCCUGCUCUUAACCCUGUUAUCUAUGGGAUCAGGACAAAACAAAUAAGAGAGAGGGUAAUAAGGAUGCUUAACACUAAAAGUCAUUGA